AGAUUAAAUACCAUGUUGUCUAUUAGUCUGUAUAUUUAUGCUCAACGUUGCAAUGUAUGUUGGAGUCUAAUGUCUUAUGUUGGUCUAAAACAGUGGCCACUAUAAAUGCUUUCAGAUCCCAGAACAUCUCUGUGUACAUAGACGAGCUCUGGUAAUAGCACUAGUCACGCCACUCUACAAAAAAAAACUGAUGUGGAGGGGGGGGUUUUUCUGUUCGAAGUUCGUUGUGCACUGGAUGAUGGAAGGCCGCCAUCUAGUGGAGCCAAUGUUUGACUUGACGCACAGGUAAACAUUUGUGUACGUCACGACGCAAGCAUAACAUGAAUACCGGAAGCCCGUGAUUGCAGACAAAGCAAGAUCUACGAAAAGUCAUCAGAAAAGAAAGUUUACAUAUAAGAUAAUACUUGGAACGAAACUGUAUGUGUGUUUAAUCGCCACGGAUUUGUGUUAGGGAGAACGUUUUUCAUGUGUAUGUGUUUAUGCAAACUUCGUUGCGGGACUUGUAUCAUCGUGACUUCAGUUGUGGCAAACUUAAAGAGUUAAAUCAAACUCAGUAGCUUGACUAUAAGAGCGCUUUCGGUUCAUCGGAACUCUCAGAACAGUUAUAUAGUUAUGCCACUGGCCCAGUUUGCGGAUCCGUUUCAGAAGUUACCUGUCAGGGAUGAUUCAGAGGUGACUGAUGAUGCCAUGGGUGAAGAGGACACUGUUGAAGGAGAGGAUGCCUCCAUGGAGUUCAGCAUCACCCAUGUGGUCAAAGACGGCUCUGAGAGGGCCGACCCCUCCCACUUUGAGCUCCUCAAGGUUCUGGGCCAGGGUUCCUUUGGCAAGGUGUUCCUGGUCAAGAAGAUUACAGGUCCAGAUGCAGGCCAGCUCUACGCCAUGAAGGUGCUGAAGAAAGCCACGCUUAAAGUGAGGGAUCGUGUGCGGACAAAGAUGGAGAGGGAUAUCCUGGUGGAGGUGGACCACUCCUUCGUGGUCAAACUUCACUACGCCUUCCAGACAGAGGGGAAGCUUUAUUUGAUCCUUGACUUCUUGCGAGGGGGGGACCUGUUCACUCGCUUGUCCAAAGAGGUCAUGUUCACUGAAGAGGAUGUCAAAUUCUACCUGGCUGAGCUUGCCUUGGCUCUUAACCACCUACACACACUUGGGAUUAUCUACAGGGACCUCAAGCCAGAGAAUAUUCUUCUGGAUGAAGCAGGCCAUAUCAAACUGACAGAUUUCGGCCUCAGUAAAGAGGCGGUGGAUCACGAGAACAAGGCGUACUCUUUCUGUGUGUGUGUGUGUGUGUGUGUGUGUGUGUGUGUGUGUGUGUGUGUGUGUGUGUGUGUGUGUGUGUGUGUAGAUUUCGGCCUCAGUAAAGAGGCGGUGGAUCACGAGAACAAGGCGUACUCUUUCUGUGGGACGGUGGAGUACAUGGCUCCGGAGGUGGUCAACCGGAGAGGCCACACCCACUCGGCUGAUUGGUGGUCCUAUGGCGUGCUCAUGUUUGAGAUGCUGACAGGGACACUGCCCUUCCAAGGAAAAGACCGGAAAGAGACGAUGACCAUGAUCCUCAAGGCCAAACUCGGGAUGCCCCAGUUCCUGAGCUCUGAGGCCCAGUCGUUGCUACGGCACCUCCUCAAGCGUAACCCUGGCAACCGCUUAGGAGCAGGACCAGAUGGCGUUGAGGAAAUUAAGAGACACGCCUUCUUCACAACCGUUGACUGGAAUAAGCUCGUCCGUAGGGAAAUCCCACCUCCCUUUAAACCAGCCAGUGGAAGGUCCGAUGACACUUUUUACUUCGACAAGGAGUUCACCGUCAGGACGCCACGCGACUCUCCUGGUGUCCCCCCCAGUGCAAAUGCUCACCAGCUCUUCAGGGGUUUCAGCUUUGUGGCCAUUUCUGAAGAGGAGGAACAUCAUCAGGCUCUUACCUCACAGCAUCGCCCCCCUCCCCCUCGUAAUGUGCGUCAGUUCUCCGAUGUGUACGAGCUGAAGGAGGACAUCGGCGUGGGAUCCUACUCCGUCUGCAAGCGCUGCGUCCAGAAGAGCUCCAGCGCACACUACGCCGUCAAGAUCAUCAACAAGGCCAAGAGAGACCCGGCAGAAGAGGUUGACAUUCUGCUCCGCUACGGCCAGCACCCCAACAUCCUCACACUCAAAGAUGUGUAUGAUGACGGGAGGUCGAUCUACCUGGUCACUGAACUGAUGAAAGGCGGCGAGCUGCUGGAUAAGAUCUUGCGUCAGAAGUUCUUCAGUGAGCGCGAGGCCAGCGCCGUGCUUCACACCAUCGCUAAAACCGUGGAGUACCUGCACUCACAGGGGGUGGUUCACAGGGACCUGAAGCCCUCCAACCUGCUGUAUGUGGACUCCUGUGGGGACCCCGCCUCCAUACGCCUGUGUGACUUUGGGUUCGCCAAGCAGCUGCGAGCUGAUAAUGGCCUCCUCAUGACACCGUGUUACACGGCCAACUUUGUCGCACCUGAGGUUCUGAAGAAACAGGGCUAUGACGCAGCCUGUGACAUUUGGAGUCUGGGUGUCCUUCUGUACACCAUGCUGACAGGCUUCACUCCAUUUGCUAAUGGGCCUGAUGACACUCCGGAGGCCAUUUUGGGUCGCAUCGGCUCUGGAAAAUUCUCCCUGACUGGCGGCUACUGGAACUCUGUCUCUGCAGAGGCCAAGGACCUGGUCUCGAAGAUGCUGCACGUCGACCCGCACCAGCGUCUGACAGCGGCUCAAGUCCUGCGCCAUCCGUGGAUCGUCAACAAAGACCGCUUACCUCAGUACCAGCUACAGCGAGUAGAUGCGCCUAAUCUGGUCAAGGGCGCCAUGGCUGCGACCUACUCUGCUCUGAACCGCCACGUCUCUCCCGCUCUGGAGCCGGUGGGACGCUCCAAUCUGGCUCGACGCCGUGGGGUCAAAAAGCUGACUACCUCCACAGCCCUCUGACCAGAGUCCCCUACUACUGACGACCUCACGAUGACCCUCGGAUAACCUUUAGACGACCCCUCAGAAAACAUCUACACCACACCCAGAAGUAUAGAGACGUAUCAAUGCCAAAAAACACUUUUCUGAAACAUAGAUCUGUGUGUGUGCAGAUUAGGACUUGUCAAUAAGUAACAUUAAAAGAUGAACGAGAGAUGGACUGUGUUCAAACUAACCACCUACAGUUCUACAAAUGUGUCCUGCCUCCUGUACCCUGACCCCAACAGUUGUGUAGUUCUAGAUCAGUGGUUCUCAAACUUUUUGUCCGGGGACCCCAUAAAUCCAUUUGCCAAGUCUCGCGACCCCCCACACAUUUUGACAGGA